UGAGAGCGAUAUCCGGAAGUCAUGUGCACUGCGGCGGGAUAUAUAUUUUUUUAAAAAUAAAAAAAUAAUUCAAUAAUAAAAAUUAUAAUUGUAUUUACCUUUGUUUAUGGCUUCACUUAAACAACAGGAAGAAAAAUCGAAGGAAACUUUACAAGAAUAUGGCGGAAAUCAAAACGGGAGCGUGGACUUAAUAUUCAAAUAAAGAUUUGGACUGCAGGCCAGACAAAGACACUACAGGUGUGUGUGAAUGGAUCAACAGACUUCACUAUUUGAAAUCCUUGGUUCCGGUCUGCCCCAGUGACAUAACCUGACCACAGGAGGCAGUAGUGGACCAAAGGCUCAUUUGUAUGUGACCCGUUUUAUUUUGAUCCACCUUCCGAGGAACCGAAAAAGUGCUGCAGGUGUAGAAGUGAAGCUGAGGAUCUGAGGGAGUGGCACGUACAGUGAUGAAGAUGAUGAGGAUGAUGAUGGAACUUCUCUUCUUCCUCCUGCUCCUUCACAGCAGCGUGAACGCGGUGCAGACCGUGCUGGGUCAGUACGGACAAACCCUGGAGAUACCCUGCAACAGUGGAGAGGUUCAACCAGAGGAUGUUCUCAUCACCAAGUGGAAAUAUGUCAUUGGGGAGGGGAUUUCGGGAGACUUGCUGGUAAAGAAGCUGGACCAGAACGUGUCGGUUCUGGCUUCAGAUGAAUACAGAACCCGUGUCAGCAUGGCGGACAACUCCAGUCUGCUGCUGUCUGCAGCCAAACUGUUGGACCAGAGGACCUUCACCUGCAUGAUUGUGGUUGGCUCCAACAUCAAGGAGUACCCCGUCAAUGUCAUCAUUUACAAGACUCCAUCAAAGCUGGAGAUCACUGAACAGGCAGGACAACUGGAGAUCGGCAAACUGACAAAGCUGGGAACGUGUGUGGCCACUGAAGCCAAUCCAGCAGCAAACAUCAGCUGGUUUAGAAACAACGAACCUCUGACAUCAGGAGAAAAAGGGGUCACCAUCCAGACCUCGGUCCAGGUGGACCCGGCCUCAGGUCUCUCCAGUACAUUCUCUACUCUGGAGUGAAAAGACGACGCAGACUCAAAGUUCAGCUGUGUCAGCAAACACCAGGGUGGAGCCGAGCUGCUAACGCCUUCUGUUUCCUUCACCGUCACCUACUCAACAGAGAACAUCGAGCUGGAGCUAGGUUCUCAGGAGCCAGUGGCUGAAGGAGACAACGUGACUCUGAAGUGUGUAGCAGAUGGAAACCCAGCUCCCAGCAGCUUCUUCUUCCACCUGAAGGGAAACGUGGUGAAGGUGGAAAACACAAACACCUACACCCUUACCAAUGUGUCACGUAGUGACGCUGGAGAAUACAAGUGUUCUCUGAUCGAUGACCCCACACUGGAGGCUUCUAAGAGCAUCGUCAUCAACUACCUGGAUGUGAGUCUGGUUCCAUCUGGAACAGUUGAGAAAAGAGAAGACGAGUGGUUCAACUAUACUGUGCAGAUUGUUUCUGCUGAGCCAGAUUACUCUGUCUCGUGGUACAAGGAUAAUGUGAUGCUGGACACAGAGCCGAACUUCCCCAAACUGAGCUUCUCCGAUGCGGGGCAUUAUGAGUGUGUGGUCACCAUGGGUCAGCUGACCAGAAAAUCCUCCUCUGUGCUGCAGGUCAAAGGAGCUCCUGUCAUCAGACAUUUGUCCAAACAGCGUAGUGAAGACGGAAAACACAAAGUCCUGGUCUGUGAAGCUGAAGGUUCUCCAAAGCCAGAGGUGUUCUGGAGCAUCAAUGGAACCUCGCCUGAGGAGAGCUCUUUCACCAGGGGAAAGGUCACGCACAAGCUAACUGUGGUUCCAUCUGCUAACCUGACCGUAUCCUGCACCGUUACCAAUGAGUUUGGGUCUGACACCAGGUCCAUUAACGUGUCGUCCUUAUUUGUGGAGGUGAGGAUGGAUAAACGAGACCAGUCCGAGGACAAGGACCAGACCAAGCUGGUGGUGGGUGUGGUGGUGGGACUCCUGGUCGCCAUCCUGGUGGUGGCUUUGGUGUACUGGGUCUACAUGAGAAAAUCCAAACAAGGCAGCUGGAAAACCGGAGAAAAGGAGGACGGCUCCUCAGAGGAGGAGAAGAAGUUGGAAGAAAAGGUGGAGGAGAACAGUCAGAAAGCUGAGGUGUAGAAGAAGGAACAGCUGGAAAUGUGAAAGUGAGAAUGUGGACAUUUUGCACAUUUCUCUUCAUACUCUCUGAAGUCCAUGUGGAAGAAAAAAUAUUUCAUAUUUGGAUUCAUAAAGAAUCUUUCCAGCCGCUCCUUUCACCUCUGAACAUUCCUGCAAAAGAAAAAGAAAAAAAAAACAGAAGAAAAAGAAAAGUAAAAAAGAACUGUCGUUGUGAUGUUUAUACUGCUCUGCACUGAUUUCUGUCCAAAUUUCAUGUUUGUUCCAGUGAGUUCUGGAAAAGUGUAAAUUUCACAUCUUUUGGGUUCCAUUUGUUCUUGUGAGUAAAAUUAGUUCUAGAACCGAUUCCUUCUGCUGUGGAGGAUAUUUUAGUCCAGGUGUUAGUCUCUGGAUCUGAAACACUUAUCUUCAUCAACACCAUCAUCAUCAUCACAACCUGAAGAACUGUUUCAGAUCUGGUACCAACAUCUGUUUUACUGAACCUCAUCUGAUGUCCUCUGACCUUUGUCUUUAGACCCUGCCUCCUCAGUUGAUAUCCUCUUAGACUCCGCCCUCUUGACUGACCCUGAUCCUAAUCUUAUUUCCUUCUAAUUCAACUCUAAAGUUUGUUUUUUCACAGCUACUUGUUUAAAAAAGUAAAGGGCUGAAGGUUUUACUGUAACAUUAGUUGUUAUCAAACUGUAGAUGGUCAUGUGACUGACAUGUGACAGACCAGGAUGUAGACAACGUCACUGCUUUAGUGUCUCAUGAUUGACUUGUUCAUGAAUUUGGAAUUAAUUGCUGAGCGAAAAAGAAAAAUCAGAUUCUUCUUUGUUUCCUGAUUUUUUUUACUUUUGAUUUACUGUUCGUAAUAUUUAUUUUUUUAUUAUUUUUGUUUGACUUUCUUCUAUUUUGUGUCUGCUCUUAAGUGGAGUUCCCACCAUCGCCAUAUCAGUACGUUAUCAUUGAGAGAGUUUGAUCAUCUCUUUGUUCAGGAAUCUUUCUGCAGACUUGUCAUUCUCCUGCCUGUCACUUCUGCAGAGACAGUUGUGAACAGUUUGUUUUUGAAAGUUUUUUCAUCUAUUGCUGUUUGUUCUCAGCUUCAACUUUAAUUCCCUGCUUUAGACAAACUUUGUAUUUUCUUCUAGUGUUCAUUUGACAGUGGAAUAUUAAGUAUCAUUUUUCUGAUUUUUUCUGAGAACUUUUCAGAGUCUGUGUGAGCCUUUUUAUCUCACCAAUUGCAUUUUACAAAAUGAAAGUGAAUACCCUUGGCCUUAAUCUGACCUAACACCACAUAUGAACAUUAUUAAGAUGACUUGAAUGACUGGCAAUAUUAAUACGUUAUUUAAAUUCUGAGUUUAUCUAAAGCAAGAAAUAAAGUAGAGCUGUUUUUAUUUUAUUUUGUUAUUCUAAAGUGUGAAAAAUUAAAACCUGCAGCUGCUUCUCAUAGUUAAAUGAUAGAAAUUAUUUGAGAAAACAGAAAAGUGUCUCUGUAUUAAUAUGUAAAACAAUGAAACACUGCUCAGCAGAUUCAGUCUCACGUCAAUAACAGUGUGGAUUCUGAUGAUUAAUUCAGUUAAUUAAACUCGGAUUCAGCAUGUUAUAAUUUCAUUAAUCCUCAACUUUAAGAUUGUCUCCUGAC